AUACCUUUCAACUCGUGCCGUACGAAGUUUCGUUGAUUUCUUUUCGUGAACUUGCCAUCUGCCACUACCUAACACUUACGACUACUCCAUUCCACCCCUCACUUUGGCAUUCGUAACUCUCCCUCUCUCACCUCUCAUCUCUCAUUUAUCCCCCCUUCUCUAUCCCCCCCAAUCCGCAAUCAUGGCUCCGGCGGUGGUGAAUAUCCAACCCAUCAAUGCCCCCGAGCUCGGGAAGGCCAAACAUCAUACUGGCGAAAUCAAGGUCCAGGACCUCAGAGUGCCGGUGAAGACCCUGGAUAGCACUACCAACUCUGAUGACGUUCUCGGGUCGAAGCGAGACAUCAUUAUCUUCUCGGAUUUCGACGGAACCAUUUUCAUGCAAGACACUGGUCAUAUCUUGUUCGAUGCCCACGGGUGCGGUCCCAAACGAAGACAAGAGCUCGACGAGGAGAUCAAAAACGGUGUAAGAUCAUUCCGUGAUGUUUCGGAAGAGAUGUGGGGAAGUUUGAAUGUUCCCUUCGAUGAUGGAUUUGAGAUCAUGAAAACCUCGCUCGAGAUCGACCCCGCCUUCCAUGACUUCCAUAACUUCUGUAUCAAGAAUAACAUUCCUUUCAAUGUCAUCUCCGCUGGUCUGAAGCCAAUUCUUCGCCGUGUUUUGGACGACUUCUUGGGAAAAAAGCAGUCAAAAUUCAUCGACAUUAUUGCCAACGAUGCCACAAUCACCCCCGAUGGCACACAAUGGAAGCCAGUCUGGCGUCACGACACCGCUCUAGGCCAUGACAAGGCUGCUUCAAUUCAAGAAUACCGCACGAUUGCCUCCUCUGAGAGUGAGGACGGUUCAUGCCCAUUGAUUGUCUUCGUCGGAGACGGUGUUUCAGAUCUCGCAGCUGCCCGUGAGGCUGAUGUCCUCUUCGCCAGAGCUGGAUUAAGACUUGAAGAAUACUGCAGGGAAAACAAAAUCCCCUAUAUCCCAUUUGAUACCUUUGCCGAUAUCAAAAAGGAAAUAAUCAGGAUCACAAAGGAGGAUCAGAACAAGACUCAAGGAUAUGGAAAGCCGCCUAAUUAUAACCCCCGCGCAAACUUCUGGAGAAAAGCCGUCAAGCCGAAAACGGUUCCUCGAUUCGUGCGAAAUGCCACAAAAGGGGACAAGAUGCACCUCUGGCCUGAUUCUUUCACUGUCAAAAGCGAAACCCAGAAAGAGAACGAGCCUUCUACCUUAUCGAACCCUGAGCCCACUCUAGAACUGAAAUCCGAGUAAGAUGUAAUAGAAGAACUAGCGCAAAAUUAUUAGGCAACAGAUCCGCACGUUUAGCACCUGUUAGCUUAUGACUUGCAAUAUUUAUUUUUUUCGAGCUUCGAGAUCUCUAUAUUUUCUUGCUUUUGGUCUGGGGAUAAUUUUUACGGGCUAGAGGGAUUUUUAAGGUUUACGAAAACCGGAAGCCCAAAGGGCAGAACGUCCAAAUAUACAUUCCGGCAACGUUCAUUUCUAUGGGAUCGGUUACAUGUUUUCUCGUUUCCGUUUUUUUCUGGCUCAGAAUGGCGCAAAGGCCUUCACGUUUAAUACUCAUUUCCCACUAUAAUGCACAAUAAUAGGAGCUCGUGUUGACCACAUGUCCCUGCCGUAUUGACAUGAUAUGAGUAUUUGCCUAAAUCUUAUCAGAGGAUUCCGCCAGGGGCGGCGGCUUUCCAACAACUCGCCACAUUGCCGAGACAUCUAGUGAUGGAGUAACCAGUGGCCAGUGGCCAGUGACCGGAUACAAUAAGUCCAUCGGGCCCCCCAAAAAUCCCAUAGACUUAUCUGAUAAAUUAGGACAAGUGUUCUUUAAAAAUUGACAGGUGAAAAAAGGUCAGAACGUGUGACGAUCGUCAACGUACCCGUGCGGGGUUCCCAACAACGCCGUAGACUACAGGGCCACGAAUACCGUAUUUUUGGGGCAGAUCACCUCAAGGAAAGUUCAAGAGUCAACAAAGAGGUGAUAGUGGGGGGUGACUACUCAAACAAGAACUGCAUAUUGUACUCCCACCCAGUCCGGCAACUUCAAGCUGACGCCCAUAAAAGGGGCCAACCCCAACCCAAGCCUUGGUGGGCUGGUCUUCUCCUUGCAUCGCACCCACCCAGUAAAGUACGAGUACAGUAUGGUACUUCCCAGCCGGCGCUCUAUCUAAGAAUGGGUGUAAAGUAUGAUUAUCAAUUUAGAGCGCGGCUUCGAAACCGCCCCCCCUCCUCCAAACCCGGAUUACGGAUGCCAGGGGAAUCAAUUGGAUUGGACGAACGGAUGAGCGGUGGUGGUGUUGAUCACGAUAAGAAAUCUAACAUAGACUAUCCGCCCUGGAGCAUGCAGUAGAGGCGGGGUUCAGCCACGAUGAUUGGGGAUGUGGCUCUACCGGUCGAAUUCGAAACGCAUGCCGUCGAAACAGAUUCCGGUACCGUACAGCAUGAUGGGCGAUCGAGGCUGAUUUUGUGGGUCUUUGGCUCUCUCCCUCCGUGGACGUAGUUCCAAGCAUUUUAACGUGGGGGUGAGGUUGGGGGGGGGCCAUUUAAGGUUGUUAUUGGUUGGUCAUGUGAUGUCACUCGGUAUUCGAUCCGGCGGGGAGGUGGUGAUGGGUGUGGCGGUUUGAUGAGCAAUGAUGCUAAAUCUUGGGGGCU